UCAGUUUUCCCGCGCUUUCUCACUUUGAUGAGUAGAGUGAGAUAGAAAUGGCGAUGUUGGUGGCGAAUUUGUCUUCGUCGAGCUUCUGUUUCUGUUCCUCUCUCCGAUUUCAAUCCCAGAAGGAUAUCGGAAGCGACGUUAGAGUUCUUCGUUCCAGUAAAGCUUCAUUGAGAACGGCGUCUAUCGAGUACAGAGAUUACGCGGAUUCGAUUUCAACAUUUGAUCGAAGCUUAACCGAUGCGAACACUCGAUUACGGAGAUUCUGCGAAGCAGGGAAUCUGGAGAGCGCCGUGAAACUUCUUAGCGUAUCUGGGAAGUGGGAUAUUGAUCCGAGAACUCUAUGCUCUGUUCUUCAGCUCUGUGCGGAUUCGAGAUCUCUCAAGUAUGGUAAAGAAGUUGAUUCCUUUAUCCGUGGUAAUGGGUUCGUGAUAGAUUCGAAUUUGGGAUCGAAACUCGCGCUAAUGUACACGAAUUGUGGGGAUUUGAAAGAAGCGGGUCGAGUUUUCGAUCAUGUCAGGAUCGAGAAAGCUUUGUUCUGGAAUAUCUUGAUGAAUGAGCUCGCAAAGUCUGGUGAUUUUAGUGGAAGCAUCGGAUUGUUUAAGAAAAUGCUGAGCUCGGGUGUUGAAAUGGAUAGCUAUACAUUUUCUUGCAUUUCAAAGAGCUUUUCGUCUCUGAGAAGUGUUAACGGAGGAGAGCAGCUUCAUGGGUUUAUUCUGAAAUCAGGUUUUGGAGACUGCAACUCUGUGGCGAAUUCUCUGGUGGCGUUUUAUUUGAAGAACCAGAGAGUUGAAAGCGCACGCAAAGUGUUCGAUGAAAUGACUGAAAGAGAUGUCAUAUCUUGGAAUUCUAUGAUUAAUGGUUAUGUAUCAAACGGAUUAGCUGAACAAGGUCUAUCACUUUUUGUGCAGAUGUUGUCUUCGGGAAUGGAUAUUGAUCUGGCUACCAUAGUUAGCGUUUUCGCAAGCUGUGCUGAUUCACGUCUACUCUCCUUAGGUAGAGCCGUUCACAGUCUUGGACUGAAAGCUUGUUUAGGUAGACAAGAACGGUUUUGUAAUACAUUGCUUGAUAUGUAUGCGAAGUGCGGUGAUCUAGACUCUUCUAUUGCCGUGUUUACGGAGAUGAGUGAUCGAAGUGUUGUGUCUUACACUUCCAUGAUUGCUGGUUAUGCUAGGGAAGGUUUGGCUGGUGAAGCUGUGAAGCUGUUUACAGAAAUGGAGGAAAAAGGUAUUAGCCCUGAUGUUUAUACCGUCACUGCUGUUUUGAACUGUUGUGCUCGUAAUCGGUUAUUAGAAGAAGGUAAGCGAGUCCAUGAGUGGAUAAAGGAAAACGAUAUGGGAUUUGAUAUCUUUCUAUCGAAUGCUUUGAUGGAUAUGUAUGCGAAAUGUGGAAGCAUGCAAGAGGCGGAGUUAGUGUUCUCUGAGAUGCCUGUGAAAGAUAUUAUCUCGUGGAACACCAUUAUUGGUGGGUACUCGAAGAACUGUUACGCCAAUGAAGCUCUAAGCCUGUUCAAUUUGUUGUUGGAAGAAAAGCAAUUGAAUGCCGAUGAGAGAACUGUGGCGUGUGUUCUUCCGGCUUGUGCAAGUCUUUCUGCUUUUGACAAAGGCAGAGAGAUCCACGGUUACAUCAUGAGAAACGGGUAUUUCUCAGAUCGCCAUGUUGCUAAUUCGCUUGUAGACAUGUAUGCAAAAUGUGGAGCGUUGUUACUCGCUCGCUUGCUCUUUGAUGAGGUUGCUUCCAAGGAUCUUGUUUCUUGGACAGUGAUGAUAGCUGGAUAUGGGAUGCAUGGGAUUGGAGCAGAAUCAAUAGCUCUUUUCAACCGUAUGAGAGAAGCAGGUAUCGAGCCUGACGAAAUCUCUUUCGUUUCUGUGCUCUAUGCUUGUAGCCAUUCAGGACUAGUAGAUGAAGGAUGGAGAUUCUUUAACAUCAUGAGGCACGAAUGCAAGAUCGAGCCAACGCUAGAACAUUAUGCUUGUAUAGUCGACAUGCUUGCAAGAACCGGAAACUUGUCAAAAGCUUAUCGGUUCAUCGAGAACAUGCCAAUUCCGCCAGAUGCUACAAUCUGGGGAGCGUUGCUGUGUGGAUGCAGGAUACAUCAUGAUGUUAAGCUAGCUGAGAAAGUUGCAGAGAAAGUCUUUGCGCUUGAACCAGAUAACACAGGAUAUUAUGUGCUCAUGGCGAAUAUCUACGCAGAAGCUGAGAAAUGGGAAGAAGUGAAAAGGCUAAGAAAGAGGAUAGGUCGACGAGGAUUGAGGAAGAAUCCGGGAUGUAGCUGGAUAGAGAUUAAGGGUAAAGUUAACAUCUUUGUAGCUGGAGAUAGUUCACAUCCUGAAACCGAAAAGAUUGAAGCUUUUCUGAGGAGGGUGAGAGCUAGAAUGAGAGAAGAAGGAUAUUCGCCGCAGACAAAAUAUGCAUUGAUCGAUGCGGAAGAGAUGGAGAAGGAAGAAGCUUUGUGUGGUCAUAGUGAGAAAUUAGCAAUGGCAUUGGGGAUUCUUAGCUCAGGACAUGGAAAGAUCAUACGAGUUACUAAAAAUCUAAGAGUGUGUGGAGAUUGUCAUGAGAUGGCUAAGUUGAUGUCUAAGCUCACCAGAAGAGAGAUUGUUUUAAGGGAUUCAAAUCGGUUUCACCAUUUUAAGGAUGGACAUUGUUCUUGCAGAGGUUUCUGGUGAAAUUUGAAAAAUGUCUCAUGUAUUAUAUAGUUCUUACCAGCCCGGUUUACUGUUGGACCGGUCAUGAUGAAAUCAUUAAAUCUGAAGCAAUAGAACAUGAACAGGCUGGAUCUUUGUACCGAGCUAUAUUUCUUCAUGAUAGUAUCAUUGCUUCAAAGGGAAACAUAACCACGUUA